AUGGCGAUCCUCAUGUCAUGCGUUACUCCCAAAACGUUGGCGACAUGCACUCCGGAGGUUUCUCGGCAACAACGGGACACAUGUAUUUCUGUCUCAGCUCAUCGCCGGCAAAUCCGAAUCGGCUUAACCAUGAAGUCUUGGGGCACCAGCUGUACCGUUCCGCCGAUGCGGAUAAGAGGAGCAACACGAAUUACUGCAGCUGGUUCCGGUCCUGGAGAAUUGCCAGAAGAAAAAUCACCAAUACCCAACAAAGAGGCUGCAAUUAGUUCGGACCCUGGGGAAUUACCAGGAAAAUCCCCACCGCCCAACAAAUCUUCAUUGGUCACGGUGGUCGUUGGUGGCGUCUUUGGAGCAGUAUCUUUUUACGGACAGAUGAGAGCAAUGGAAGAGAAUGUGGAAAAGACGGCAGAGGUAGCAAUCGAGACUAUCGAGAAAGCGGCGGAUGUGGUUGACAAACUCGCAGACGAAGUCAUAGCAUUUCCCGGUAAUGAAAACCUUAAGAAGGCAGCCUUCAGGAUCAAAGUCAUCGCAGAAGAGAUAGAGAAGGAUGCAGAAGAAGCCGAGGCCCUAAUCCACAAGGUUGAAGAGAUAGAAAAAGAGGUGGAUGCUGCAGUGGAUACUUUCAUGGGGAAGGGCAUGAAGAAGGGAUCGCAGAGACGAAUGGGGUAG